AUGAGGUCUCAGUUAACUAUUACUGGACCAGAUUCUAUUAACUUUGUUUUACAGAGAAUACAAGCCAGUAUUCUAAAAGCGUUUAACAACCCAACUACUAAAACUGCUGAUGAUGAAACCAGAAAAAAAAUUAAAGCAUAUGGAAAAGAAGGUGUGAAAAUGAACUUUGUAGAUCGGAUCUUUAUUGGUGAAUUAACUAGCACGGUCAUGUGUGAAGAAUGUGCAAAUAUCUCCACAGUGAAAGAUCCUUUUAUUGAUAUUUCACUUCCUAUAAUAGAAGAAAGGGUUUCAAAACCUGUACUUUUGGGAAGGAUGAAUAAAUAUAAAAGUUUACAGGAGACAGAUCAUGAUCAGUACCGUGGCACUGUUACUAUAAAAGAUGCUCAUCAAUCCAGAGCCACCAAGAAGCUUUCUUCAUCUAAAGAUAAGAAUCAACUAAUUCAUGACAGAAAACGUGUAAGGAAGUUGUCAUCUGAAGAGAAAAUUGUCAUAUACCAGAAAAAUGAAAACCUUGAAAUGAAUGGGGAUUCUUCAUUGUUUGCAAGCAUCAUGAAUACUGAGUUACCUCUGAAUGAAAGCCCUACCAAUGGCAGUGAAAAGGAAGCCAACCAUUCUGAAAGUAGCAUUGAUGCCGAUAGCGAGGCUUCAGAAUCUGAAAGUGCUUCAAAGCAGACCCUGCUGUUUAGAUCCAGUAGUAGAUCCUGUGUGCACACAGACAGACGCUGUCACCAUCCAUCAGCAAGCGAAUUGCCGUACACCAAGGAGACUGAUAGUGGUGAUGAGGGAAUGGCUGAAGCUAUUUCUGAACUUCAUUUGAACAGCACUGUAACUGGAGAUAGAGAUUCUGAUAGAGAAAAUCAGCCACUAAAUUUUCCAAAUAAUUUAUUUUUUUCAGAGGAGAAGUGUAUAAGUUCUCACAGUCCCCAAAAUGCCUUUCAGACACUUUCUCAGAGUUAUAUAACUACUUCUAAAGAAUGUUCAAUUCAGUCCUGUCUCUACCAGUUUACAUCUGUGGAAUUACUAAUGGGGAAUAAUAAGCUUCUAUGUGAGAAUUGCACUGAAAAGAAAGAGAAGUACCAAAAGGAAACCAGUUUUGCAGAAAAGCAAGCAGAAGGGGUUUAUACUAAUGCCAGGAAACAAUUGCUCAUUUCUGCUGUUCCAGCUAUCCUAAUUCUCCAUCUAAAAAGAUUCCAUCAGGCUGGCUUGAGUCUUCGUAAAGUAAACAGACAUGUGGACUUUCCUCUUAUGCUUGAUUUAGCACCAUUCUGUUCUGCUACUUGUAAGAAUGUAAGUGUGGGAGAUAAAGUUCUCUAUGGUCUCUAUGGCAUAGUGGAACACAGUGGCUCAAUGAGAGGAGGUCACUACACAGCUUAUGUGAAAGUGAGAACACCUUCCAGGAAAUUAUCAGAACAUAUCACUGGAAAGAAAAAUGUAUAUGGUUUGAAAGAACCUGAUAGUGAAUCAGCAGACCAGUGGGUCCGUGUUAGUGACACUUAUGUGCAGGUGGUUCCAGAAUCAAGAGCACUUAGUGCACAAGCAUACCUUCUUUUUUAUGAAAGAAUAUUAUAAUUACUUGUUAAUUAUUAAUGGUAAUGAUUACUCAGAUCACUUUUAUUUGAAUGCUGCAAUGAUAAGCAUAAUAUGCAGUGUGCCUUUGUAGUCUUCUUUCUUUUGCAGGAAUAGCAUGUCCCUCAAAUGCUCCUGAACUUUUCCACCAUUUUGGUUAAAAAAGUACAGUAAAUUUACUCAAUGCUUUCAAAUUUAUAUUCUUAAAAUAAAUGUAAAAACAGGGUUUUUUUCAAGAUUCUUGUCCUGAGUGACAAAAACACCCAGAAUUUACAGUAGAAGAAGAAACCUAUGAAGUGGCUUAUUAUUACAAGCAUUCACAAAUGAUGAUGGCUAAAUCAAAUCAUUCCUUAAGAUAGUAUUUCCUAAAUGUAAUACCACCUUCCUGAUCAUAUAUAUGUAUAUGUAUUAUAUAU